AAAAGCAAACGUGUUGUUUAUAGCAAAUAUUUGUUUUCUACAAGCUGGAAAUAUCGGAUUACCUGUUCCAUUGAUUGUUUCAAGCUGAACACAAAUGAAUACUUGGCUCGUUUGAAUCCGAAGAGGUAGAAAGGCGAAGAGGGGUGUUGACGACAGCGCAUGUCCCCCUACAACUACAAAGUCAGCUGGCGGUGAAGUAAGACUCUUCAGUGGACCAAAACCUUUCGAGUAGACAUGUCGAACCCACAACCACCAUGCACCCUUAGGGGUGUUGACCAUCUAACUUUACCUUCGUUGAACAAGGGGAUGGCAUUCAGUCUGAAAGAGAGGCAGAGCCUAGGAAUCCAUGGGCUUUUGCCACCAUGUGUCAGAUCACAAGAGACCCAACUAGAGCUUGUAAGGAUCAGUGUUGAUCGCUACACCGAGCCGAUCAACAAAUAUACAUACCUGAUGGGUUUGCUUGAACGAAAUGAAAAGCUGUUUUACAGAUUUUUAAGCGAAAAUGUCGAGGAUAUAAUGCCAUAUGUAUACACACCCACAGUUGGUCUGGCCUGCCAGACUUAUGGGUUGGUCUUAAGGAAACCCAAAGGGCUUUUCAUUUCGAUCCAUGACAAAGGAAAUGUAUACGAAGUUCUCAAAAACUGGCCUGAACGAGAUGUGAGAGCCAUUGUCGUUACCGAUGGAGAAAGGAUAUUGGGAUUAGGAGAUUUGGGAGCCUACGGUAUGGGCAUUCCAGUUGGAAAAUUGGCUUUGUACACUGCCCUGGCUUUUAUUGACCCUAAAUAUUGUCUGCCAAUCACUUUAGAUGUUGGAACAAAUAACCAGCAACUUUUGGAUGACAAAUUUUAUAUAGGUUUGAGGCAAAAACGAAUUACUGGCCCUGAAUAUGAUGAUUUCAUUGAGGAGUUCAUGAAAGCAGCAGUAAAGCGUUUUGGGCAAAACGUUUUGAUUCAGUUUGAGGAUUUUGGAAACAGCAAUGCAUUCCGUUUGCUGAGUAAAUACAGGGAUCAUUAUUGCACCUUCAAUGAUGAUAUCCAAGGGACAGCAGCAGUUGCUGUCGCCGGUGUUUUUGCAUCUCUUAGAGCUACAGACACCAAGCUUUCUGAUAACAAGAUUGUGUUUCAAGGCGCUGGAGAAGCAGCUUUAGGGAUUGCAGAGUUAUGUGUGAAAGCAAUGGUGGGUGAAGGAGUUCCGGAAGAAGAAGCUAGAUUAAAAAUCUGGCUUGUUGACUCAAAAGGUCUUAUUGUCCAAAACAGACCAGCAGGUGGUUUGUCUGAGCAUAAAAUGAAAUUUGCCCAUAGUCAUCCACCAAUUAACAGCUUGAAAGAGGUCGUUCAAACAAUAAAACCCUCAAUACUGAUUGGUGCUGCGGCUGUUGGGGGAGCUUUUACAAAUGAAAUCCUCACAUUAAUGGGAGAAUUUAACAAAACCCCAAUAAUAUUUGCUCUAAGCAAUCCAACAAGCAAAGCAGAAUGUACAGCAGAAAAUGCCUAUACAUACACCCAGGGUCGUUGUUACUUUGCAUCUGGAUCACCAUUCCCACCAUUCACAUAUGAAGGAAAGACACAUUAUCCAGGUCAAGGAAACAAUUCUUACAUUUUCCCUGGAAUAUCCCUUGGUGUGAUUUGUGCUGGAGUAAAGACAAUAAACGAGGACAUUUUCUUACUGUCGGCCAAGAUAUUGGCUGAAAUGGUGACUGAUCAAGAUCUGGCAAAAGGCAGUUUAUACCCACCCCUUCGAACAAUCCAGCACUGUUCAUUGAUUAUUGCCACUAAAAUUGCAGAAUAUGCUUAUGAAAAUGGUCUAGCAAGCUAUUACCCUGAACCAGAUAACAAAGAACAGUUUGUCAAAGAACAGUUGUACGAUGUUCUUUACUCACCAUCGACCCCCCACGAAUAUUCAUGGCCCGACCAGAAGUUAUAAAUUAUUAGAUAAAAUGGCUGAAUGUUCCCGCAUCAAAAGCAAUUCACUCUGAUUGAUUUUGUUUUUUUAUCACAGAAAAUAUUAUAAACCUUAUCAACGAAUAGUUAAAACAAGGCAAUUAAUAUUUUUUUUAGAAAAUCAACUAUUUACACAUAACUUAACAAAGUGGAGGGAUUAUAGUUACAGUUUUUCACACUGAAAAA